AUGGGACCCACUGGAGUCUCUGGGGGGAUAGACAUGUUUGCAGGACAAAUUCCCACAUGUGAGGAGUCUGCCUCUACUAGUGGUCAAGCCAGUCCCCAGCAAAACCUUUCUCUGCAAGAUGAAGACCUUUCCCAAAAUGUGUGGAACGAACAGUUGCGAAUCUGUAAAUGGUAUAUCCGAGCGCCACCGAGGUCCAAGAUCUAUUUGCGGUUCUUGGACUAUGAGAUGCAGAACUCUAAUGAGUGCAAGCGGAAUUUUGUGGCUGUCUAUGAUGGGAGCAGCUCUGUGGAAGACCUGAAAGCCAAGUUCUGCAGCACUGUGGCGAAUGAUGUGAUGCUGCUGACAGGGCUGGGGGUUAUCCGCAUGUGGGCUGACGAAGGCAGCCGCAACAGCCAUUUCCAGAUUCUUUUCACAUCUUUCCAAGAACCUCCCUGUGAAGCCGAUGCAUUCUUUUGCCACAGUAACAUGUGCAUCAAUAACACCUUGGUUUGUAAUGGAGUUCAGAACUGUGUGUACCCGUGGGAUGAAAACCAUUGCAAAGAAAAGAGAAAAGCUAACCUGUUGGACAACCUCACAAACACCAGCGGGACUAUAAUAGGAGUAACCUCUUGCAUUGUCAUUAUCCUUCUUGUUGUAUCUGUUAUAGUUCAAAUCAAACAGCCUCGCAAAAAAUUCAUCCAAAGGAACGAAGACUGUGACCAAACGGUGUUUCAGGAGGUGUUUGAGCCCCCACACUACGAACUCUGCACUCUCAGAGGGACGGGGGCCUCUGCUGAUUUGAUGGACAUUGCCGAUGACUUUGAGAACUACCAUAAACUGAGACGGUCUUCGUCAAAAUGCAUUCACGACCACCACUGUGGAUCUCUGAUUUCCAGCACCAAGGGUAGCCACAGUAACCUCAGCACUCGGGAUGCUGCUGUCUUAACUGAAAUACAGCCCCAACCUGUAAGGCCUCUUAUCCCACCCACUAACAGGAGGAGCAUUCUGGUGAUGAAGCACAGCUACUCACAGGACACAGCGGAUGGAUGCGAUCUGGAUGAAAUCCAAGAGGUGCCCACGACAAGUCACAGGCUCUCCAGACACGAUAAAGCAGUCCAGCGGUUCUGCCUCAUUGGGUCUCUAAGCAAACAUGAAUCUGAAUACAACACAACUAGGGUCUAAGAGACAAACUCAAGGCAGAUAUAUCAGCCAACUGCUUCUUGCCAAGUAUGACAUCUAAUGGAAUGAACUCCAUCCUACAUGAAAGAGCUGCUGUUCUUAGAAAGUUUCAAAAUGUUUUGUGACCAAGAAAAAAAAAAAAAAACUUUUUAUUGUGAUAUGCAUUUGAUAUGUUUUGCUAAACUUAAAGCCAACAUGUUGUGAUGCAGAUGUUUUAAAAUGCAAAUCUAUUUGUGAAAAUAUGAAGUCCAAAUUAUAGUUUCUAACACAUUUACUGGUAAGGAUAUUGCUGCCCUCUACAUUGGGUUCUGUUCAUUUUCUUCCCUUAGCUGUCUGGCUGGUUGAGGCUGACAGAUAUUUACACUUUUUAAACUUGCAAUGCUCAGUUCAAUUUGCAGCCCCGUUAAGUCUUUCUUGGUUGCCCAGAUUGAUUUAAAACUGAUGUUUCCAUCAUUGAUGGAGGUAAUUUGUAAAGGAUUUCUGAGUAAUGCCUGGAGUUGAACAUUGUCAUCUCAUGUCAUCUCAAGACCAAAGUGAUUUAUUUUUACUCCAGCCUAUGGAAGCAUUAAUCCAAGACUUAGUGGGCUGACUCCAAAACUCACUUUUCAGUAUUCUAUAAUGUGCUGCAUCUGAAUGGAUUAAAGGUCUUAAAUCUAUUUUACUACCUUGUAUUACAAUAAGCAAAAUCAUCAGUGAUGCUCUUUUUUGUGUUGUUGAAUAUUUUCAUUAAAAUGAUUUUGUAACUCCAAAAUUUCACUGAUUUGUUACUGAUUUGUGCAACUCCACUCCUUGGAAUCUGGUUCAGCCGGUAUUAGUCUCCCUUCUCCUCUUAAAGGUAUUGCAGCUAACAAAAUAACUCCAUAAAUUGUACUUGUUGUGCACUUUCAUUCGUUAUAUACUGUAUGUGUCAAAUGUGCAGUUUUGAAAGAAACAUGUUACAGUAAGCAUGUAUUUAAAAAAAAAAAAAACAUUAGAUAUUGUACUACACUUGGAUUAAGACAUUUCUGUUUGCAAGACCAACUUUAAGUUAGUCUUGAUCAUUGUC